AUGGGAAGCGCAGAGUCUACACCUACUCCACAGCGGGCUCCAAGCCGCAUUGUGAGGAAGCAACAACAGUCCGAUACGCCGGCGGAAACGCUUGAUGAGAAGUUCGAUGCCUUUAAGAUUGCUCAGCCUGGUGUGUUGGACUCAGGCGAUCCAUCUCAUGUUUCUGGCGCCAAGGUCACGGAUUAUGUUCGUGAGCUGCUCAAGGAUAGCAAAGCUCGUCUGGGCUUGUCCGCUUUGAGUAGCAAUAAUCCUUCCCUGAUCCUUGAAAAGCCGGCCGCCAUCCUCAAAGACACGCAGUACUUCAAUCUCACCAUCACGCACGAAGGCUCACCCGUUACCAAUCAAAGAUCCAGCGGUCGCUGUUGGAUAUUUGCGGCUACUAAUGUCUUUCGCGUUGCCGUCCAGCAAAAGUAUGAUAUCGAAAAGUUCGAGCUCUCCCAGGCCUACCUGUUCUUCUGGGAUAAAGUUGAGAAGGCCAACUACUUUCUGGAGUCAAUCCUCGAUACCGCAGAUCAACCUGUGGAUGGUCGCUUAGUCUCCUCACUGAUGUCGAGCCCAGUUGGCGACGGUGGGCAAUGGGACAUGAUUGUGAACCUCGUGAGCAAGUACGGCAUCGUCCCACAGUCUCUGUACCCGGAUUCUUGGAACGCUCAGAACAGCAGCUUUAUGGAUCGCUUGUUGACGACGAAAUUGCGGGAAGACGGACUCAAACUACGCUCACUGUUAAAGCAGAGCGCUAGCGUCAAUGAGAUCACGGACGCCAAAGAGGGCAUGAUGCGUGAGAUCGUUCGGAUUCUGACACUGAGCCUUGGACCGCCGCCAGAGGCUGACAAGAAAUUCACUUGGGAGUUCUAUGAUUCGAAGAAGACAUUCAAGACGGUUUCUCUGACUCCACUCGAGUUUGCCCAUAGUACCCGGGUGAAGGAGUUCUUUUCGCUGCUCAACGAUCCUCGUAACGAGUACGAGCGCCUCUUGACUGUGGACCACUUGGGCAAUGUUUGGGACGGUCAACCAAUCACUUACGUCAACGUGGAUAAGGGCGUGCAAAAGCAGGCUUGCAUCGCCAUGCUGAAGAAGGGCUUGCCCAUUUUCUUCGGCUCGGAUGUCGGCAAAUACAGUGACAGUGCAAAAGGCAUCAUGGACACUGACCUGAUCGACUACUCCCUUGGCUACGACGUCAGUCUCGGCAUGACGAAGGCUCAGAGACUGCAGACGGGCGAGAGCAUGAUGACUCACGCCAUGGUCUUGACUGCAGUGCAUCUCGAUCGCGACGGAAAGCCAGUCCGAUGGAGGGUCGAGAACAGCUGGUCGGACAAGGCUGGCACGGACGGUUACUUCGUCAUGUCUGAUGAAUGGAUGGACGAGUUCUGCUAUCAAGUUGUCGUCGAUCCAAGUGUUGUCAGUCAGAGCGUAAGGGAUGUGUUGAAGCAGAAGCCCAAAGUGCUACCGCUCUGGGACCCGAUGGGCGCAUUAGCUUGAAGCAGCAAAAAUCGCUUCCCGAACAGACUUCCAGGUAUACCUAG